CAUGCGCAUUGUCUUUUUAGAAUGGGCUAACUGUUAGCGUUGUAAAAAAAUACGUGGCAUACGUUUCAACAUGGAGAUAGCCGCACUUUUUGCCCUGACUUUAUUACUGGGUGCACUUGUUAUUUUGGUCGCUUUGGCGGUGGGAAAGAGAAAGGAAGAGGUAAAGGAGCAAGCAGAGCAGGCUGCCGAAAGUUCAGCUGAAGCAAAUGCUCCAAAAGGCCCAACAUCCAAAAAACAGAAGCAAGAGAAGCAGCGGAGCCGUAAAGAUAAACCGACACAACACAGCUUCAGCCACCCGUUGCUGGCAGCUUCCCUCAAGGGCCACAGCGGCAAUGUGACAUGCCUUGAUUUCAGCAGCAAUGGGAAAUACUUGGCGUCCUGCGCCGAUGACCGCACCGUUCGGAUCUGGAGCACCAAAGACUUCCUGGAGCGGGAGCACAAGUGUCUGAGAGCCAACGUGGAGCUGGAUCACGCUACAUUGGUCCGCUUCAGCCCAGACUCCAGGGCGUUCAUCACCUGGCUCGCCAAUGGAGAUGCUAUUCGUAUCUUCAAAAUGAUCAAGAAGGACGAUGGGACCUUUAGCUUCAAAGCCGCCUCUGAGGAUUUCCCGCAGAAACACAAAGCGGCCAUAGUGAACAUCGGUAUCGCAGAGACAGGCAAGUUCAUCAUGAGUGCCUCCACAGACACCACCAUCCUUAUCUGGGAUCUGAAAGGAGAGCUGCUGGCCUCCAUUAACACUAAUCAGAUGACUAAUUCUUAUGCAGCCAUCUCUCCCUGUGGCAGGUUUGUAGCGUCCUGUGGUUUCACUCCAGAUGUGAAAGUUUGGGAGGUUUGCUUUGGAAAAGGAGGCGAGUUCAAAGAAGUUGCAAGAGCGUUUGACCUGAAGGGCCAUUCUGCAGGAGUUCACGCGUUCGCAUUUUCAAAUGACUCUCACAGAAUGGUGACUGUGUCUAAAGAUGGAACAUGGAAGCUGUGGAACACAAACGUGGAGUACAAGAAGCAGCAGGAUCCGUACCUCCUGAGAACCGUUUCCUGCUCCUCCUCCGAAGGCAGCAGAGUGGCGUUGUCUCCGGAUGGCCGCGUGGUUGCCAUCAGCGAUGGCUGCAACGUGACAAUGUUUGACGCCACCACUGGGACUCUAGAGGAGGAGCUGCGCGGCGUCCACAGCGAGGAGAUCACAGACCUCAGAUUCGACAUCAACAGUCGCUUCCUAGUUUGCAGCGGAGACAAGGCCAUCAGAGUGUUUCACAACACGCCGGGUUACCGGGCGGCCAUUAGGGACAUGAAGGACAUGCUGAAAAAGGCCCAGAAUGAGGCCAUGAAGCAGAGACUCCAGCAGCAGAUCAAAGAGGCUCAAAGUGCUCUGGAGACUGUGCUAACAGCUUCCGCCGAGUGAGCGAAUGCCCAAAGAGCCAUGCUGGGAUAGUCUACAUUAGUUCUGUUUUUUCUGUGUGUUUUUUUUUUGU